AUGGCGGAUCUACUCGAGCAAUUAAAUAAAAAUAUAAACAAAAUGAACUUAACUAGAUGGAACAGUGAAUAUUUGUUAAUAAAAUCCAUCGAUUCUAUCGACAAAAAUGAACUUGAAUUAAUUACAUCGAUAAUGGACAAUCCGAUUAAAUUUUCUAAUAAUGAUUUUAUUAUUUUAGAAGAAAUAAUUAGUAUUCUCGAACUAUUUUAUGAAAUCUCAAUCAGAUGUCAAGCAGAAACGGCUGUUACAGUUAGUUUAGUUGUUCCAUCAAUUGUACAUUUAACUAGUCAUAUUCGGGACAUUAAAGACGACAUUUCAUUUUAUUCAAAACUAAUUGAGCAACUUCAAGAAUUAAUUAAGACACGAUUUUCUGGUAUUACCUGCCAAUCGAUUAAAUUUAGUCGAAGUAGUCAAAAGUGA